GCGUUAGAGUAACCAAGUUCAUUAGCAGUACUCGAAAAUGUGUCUUAAAUGUCCCUUUGGCUUGUAUUUAAUUUUAUAUAUGGCUUUUUUCGCGUUGAAAGUCUCGAAUGCAGUGCCAAAAUACGAAACUAGUAGCGGAAAGCCUUACAACGAAAAGAGCGAAUGGAAUCCAACACCAUACAGGGAUAAUAACACUCAGGAGUUUGAAAAGGAUAGUACGUCCACCAAGGAUCGAUUGCAGAGAUUGGGAUAUACCACCGGCUAUGGCACAAUCAACACGUACCCGGGUGGAACUGGACUUGCUGCAUACAACCCCAUUAAACUAGAUCUUGGAGGUGUUGUGCUAGGAACCUUGGUGGGUAUCGGCGCAAUUAUCAUAAUACCUAAAAUUUUGAAUGCUUUUCAUGGAGGGUAUGGCAGUUAUGGAAGAAGCGAGAAUGAUUUAUCGCCGGUAUCAAAUUUUAUUAAUAGGAUUGACGAUAUUCUUGGGCAAAACAACAUUGAUUCUACGAGCUGCAUGCAACGUGCCGUUUGUAGUUAUAUUCGUUCUACGGAGCAUAAUAUGAUGACUGAAUUGCCAGAUAAAAUGGACGAGUUCAUGCAUAUCUUAGCGGAGAACUCUUUGGUCGAUUACCUUCUGGACGGCACUGCAAUUAAAGAGGCGCUUGCACACGGAAGAGACGUUAAUGCGAAGCCGUGUGAGGAUAUAUACAAUAAUUGCCCUGUUAAUAGCGAAACUGUCACUAGUGUUCUUAUGAAAUUAUGGCCAAAACAAUUGGGAUCUCACGUGAAAAGAAACAAAUGAUAUAUAACGGGAAAAUAUGAAUGCUGUUAUAAAAACUACGAAUACAGACUCUCGAACACUUUAUUUCAUAUUCAUAAAAACUGUGUCCAAAAAUAUUCAGAAGUCAUUUUGGAUAUAUUAAGAAAUUUUUAGCAUUAAAAUUUCGUUUUACAAGUAAAUAAACAAUAAAA